GACAGAAGCGCACAGAGAAACACUGAGAAAACUUAAACUAACACUUACCUUGGCGUUGCACUCAUUCUCUUGACACCAUGAUUAAGAAAAUGUCACCGUCCGAAAGUGACUACGACAUCCCGGCCAAGAACUGCUACCGGAUGGUCAUACUCGGCUCCACGAAAGUUGGGAAAACCGCAAUCGUGUCUCGCUUCCUGAACGGGCGAUUCGAGGAGCAGUACACGCCGACCAUAGAGGACUUUCACAGGAAACUGUACAGCAUCAAAGGGGACGUUUACCAGCUGGACAUUUUGGACACGUCUGGCAACCACCCGUUCCCUGCCAUGAGGAGACUAUCCAUACUGACAGGUGAUGUAUUCAUCCUGGUCUUCAGCUUGGAUAAUAGAGACUCAUUCCAGGAGGUGCAGCGUCUCAAGCGCCAGAUCUACGAGACAAAGUCCUGCCUCAAGAACAAAAUCAAGGAGAAUAUUGACGUCCCUUUGGUCAUCUGCGGCAACAAGGGCGACCGCGAAUUCUACCGAGAGGUCCAACCAGAGGAGAUCGAGCAGCUCAUCGCCGGCGAUGACAAAUGCGCCUACUUCGAAAUUUCGGCCAAGCGUAACGAAAACGUGGAUAAAAUGUUUCAGACUUUGUUCACCCUGGCCAAGCUACCUCACGAAAUGAGCCCCGACUUGCACCGCAAAGUGUCGGUGCAGUACUGCGACAUGCUCCACAGAAAGUCACUAAAGAACAAGAAGCUCAAAGAUAUCGGUGAGGCAUACGGAAUUGUCACACCAUGCGCGCGGAGGCCUAGCGUGCACAGCGACCUCAUGUACAUCAAGGAGAAGGCGAUAGGCGGUGGGCAGGGCAAAGACAAAGAGAGGUGCGUUAUUAGCUAAAACUGACUCUUUAAAAAGAAGUUAUGAUAAAGCAGAAAGUCAGUGAUGGGUCGCUGACUUAAAGAAAGCGGACAUGUGCGCUUACGCCGCAGUGCCGUUUUCAUAGAUACCGGGAGCUGUGGCGGUGCCGACUAGCCGCUGAAAAAAACACAAAAGACUGCAGCACACACAGCCCAUGAGACAUUUGAGAGCCUUAGCUUGUUCAACCAACCUGAGCUUACUUAAACCCGUAAUGUGGCUUCUUGAUUGUGAGUGGCGAGUGCUCAUGUGUUGUGUUGACGUCAUGCCUUUUUGACCCGACGAAUGACAAAUAUAAAAGACUCUAAACCAGAGACGUUAUAAAAAGGGGAAAGCUGUUUACAUUUGUUCUUAGACUUUACAUGGUCGAGUACACUUGAAUGUGUUUGCAAUCUGAACUAUUUUUUAUUGUGAAUGUAUAUUUAUUGUCUGUUCAUUUUUAUUGCAGAGACUUGAAAGAAUAAGUUAAA